AUGGCCGACGAUGUUCUUUAUAAAGAUUUUAAAGCACUGACUUAUUCAGUUUUCCUUUUAUGCAAGGUUACCGUAACAGGCUGGGGAGCUACAGAAAUAGACGGUACUCGUAAAUCUAGUACAGAGUUACUUCAAAUAAAUAUACCAAUCGUUCCGUAUGAUCGAUGCGCUCAAAUAUUUAAGGACAAAGUCGACAUAACCUACAAACAAUUGUGCGCCGGAGGUGAACGUCCAACGGAUUCUAGUUCCGGGGACAGCGGAGGUCCUUUACAAACACUAGGAUUAUUGAAUUACCAAUUAAAGUAUAUUCAGUAUGGCGUUGUCAGUUUUGGAAUAAUGAGCUGUGGAACUCAGGGAAUACCUGGAGUUUAUACUAGAGUAUCAUACUAUAUGGAUUGGAUAUUAAAUACAAUAGCAGAUUAGAAUAGCCAUAUAAUACUGUAUAUAUAACGCUUAACCUUAUUUUAAAAUUGACAGGAAUAUUCAAAAGAAAUAUUAAAUCUUAAAUAGCCAUUAGUUUUUUUUAAAUUAAUUUUUACCUGAUUUUUUUUGUCAUUAUUA